UCUGCAGUGAUACAAACUGAAGUUGCAGACUUCUAGCCCUUCAGUGACCUACAGCAGCUUGUCUCCUUGUCCAUCUGAAUCUAGGAGGUUUACAGUAUUUGUCCAGCUGACUGAUGCACCUGCACUCGAUGUUUAUCUGCUUCCACUCAACUAAACAGCAGGAAGAGGUCUCCUGUAGCGGUGAAGUUGGUCCCGGUGACCGAAGGGGGCGCUGUGGAGCUGGAAGCCGAGAGCCGGGUGAGGACACACACAGCAGCAGCUCCCAGUCAAACUGCACCGGGCUGAGCGGUGAGGAGCGGCGGGGUCAGCGGCUCUUAACUUCGGACUACCGGACGCACCUGGGACCGCGCUGCGAUGCUGCUUCAGGGAGGACACUCUGCUGCCCGUGCUGCACUUUUGCUUCACUUUUAUCUUCUGGAGCCAACUUUGGUGCUCGCCUUCAACCUUGACACCAGGCAUGUUCUCAGGAAAGACGGAGAGCCAGGGAGUCUGUUCGGGUUUUCUCUCGCCAUGCACCGGCAACUCAACCCGGAUAAAAGAAUGCUGUUGAUCGGCGCUCCCAGAGCCAGAGCUUUAGGAAAACAGACAGCCAACAUCACAGGAGGGCUUUAUAAAUGUGAAAUCUCUCAGUCCAGUGAUUGUGAGCGCGUUGACUUUGAUACUGAAGAGGACAUACGUGUUGAGAACAAGGAGAAUCAGUGGAUGGGAGUGACGGUUCAGAGCCAGGGACCUGGGGGAAAGAUUGUGACUUGUGCUCAUCGCUAUCAGAGGCGCAUGUUUGUGAACACCCCCCAGGAGUCCCGAGAUAUCACCGGGCGCUGCUAUGUCCUGAGUCAGGACCUUACCAUCGACCCGACCUCUGAUGAGGACGGAGGUAACUGGAACUUCUGUGACGGAAGAGCCAGAAGCCAUGAGAUGUUUGGAUCAUGCCAGCAGGGUUUGGCUGCCACCUUCACCAAGGACUACCAUUAUGUGGUGUUUGGAGCACCAGGAGCUUACAACUGGAAAGGUAUUGUGCGAGUUGAGCAAAAGAACAACACUUUGCUGGAGAUGGGAGUGUAUGACGAUGGCCCCUAUGAGGUUGGAGAUGAACAUCUCUUGAACCCCGAGCUGGUGCCUGUAUCUGCCAACAGUUAUCUCGGUUUCUCCCUUGAUUCUGGACACAGCAUCACCAGGGGUCGUGGCCUGACAGUGGUGGCUGGAGCACCCAGAGCCAACCACAGUGGAGCUGUGGUCCUGUUGAGGAAACAGAGCGAAACCUCCAGCAGACUCUCUGUGGAGCACAUGCUGCGUGGGCCAGGGCUUGGAUCGUCCUUUGGAUACGAUGUGGCUGUAGUUGACCUGAAUGGUGAUGGAUGGCAGGACAUAGUCGUAGGAGCCCCUCAGUUCUACAUGAAGGACAGAGACGUAGGAGGGGCUGUUUAUGUCUACAUCAACAAGGCAGGAAGGUGGGAAAAGAUCACUCCUAUCCGUCUGAAUGGGACCAAAGACUCGAUGUUUGGACUGGCAGUGGAGAACAUUGGAGACAUCAAUCAAGACUCAUAUGAAGACAUCGCCAUCGGAGCUCCUUACGAUGACAGCGGGGCAGGAAAAGUCUACAUUUAUCACGGCUCUGCACAAGGAAUCAACACCAGCCCUGCACAGGUUCUUUCAGGAAAAGAGCACAACCUUCGAUUAUUUGGUUACUCCCUGGCAGGAAACAUGGACCUGGAUGGCAACACUUAUCCAGACCUGGCUGUAGGCUCUCUGUCGGACACAGCUCUAAUUUACAGGGCAAGGCCAAUCAUUAGCAUCAGGAGAGAUGUCAAAAUAUCUCCACAGGAAAUUGACCUUACAGUCAAAACCUGUGGUAACAGCAUUUGCUUCACCGUGGAUGCAUGCUUCAGCUACAGAGCAAACCCUGCAUCUUACAGCCCCAGACUAACUAUCAGAUAUUCUGUCGAGGCAGAUGGAGUUCGCAGGAAACAGGGGCUGCCCUCCAGAGCAAUGUUCCUGAACAAAUCCAGGUCUGACACAGACUACCAGUUUAAUGGCACCUUAGACCUCCGUGGCCAAAACCAGGAAACAUGCAUCAAGAUAAAAGCCAAACUUAAGGACAAUAUUAAGGACAAGAUGCGCAGCAUUCCUGUUCAAGUUUCUGCAGAAAUCUUGGGCACAAAGCGGCAGAAGACCAUUAACGGCCUCCCUCAGCUUACGCCUAUAUUAGACUCCUCUCAACCGAGCAAAGAAGUCAUUGAGGUCAAUUUUGUAAAAGAGGGAUGUGGAAGGGAUCAUAUUUGUCGGAGUAACCUGAAGAUGGAGUACAAAUUAUACUACAGACAAAACAACAUACACUCCCCACUAGCCAUCAAGAACAACAUCCCCGUGUUUCAUUGGAAUUACGAGAGGAAGGACUUGGUUCUGAGGGUGAUGGUGAGCAACAUGAAUGGAGACGAUGCUUAUGAGGCAAAGCUGGUGGGGACGUUCUCAGAUGUGCUGUCUUAUUCUGGAUACCGCACAAAUCAAACAAUGCCCAUCUGUACAGCCAAUCAGAACGGCUCCCAAGCAGACUGCGACCUGGGAAAUCCUUUCAAGAGAGACUCCAAGAUUACAUUUGACAUCAUCCUGAGCACUGUGGGUAUGACUCUCGACACAAUGGAGAUUGACAUUGACCUGCAGCUCCAAACGACCAGUGUGCAGAAAAAUAUCGCCUCUCUGAAAGUAAAGGCUCAAGUGAUCAUUGAGUUGCCGUUGUCAGUCACCGGGAAAGCCAGUCCCAAUCAGGUUUCUUUUGGAGGUGUUGUGAAAGGAGAGAGUGCCAUGAAGACAGAGGAAGAGAUUGGAAGCUUGAUUAACUAUACAUUCACAAUAAACAACCAGUGGACAUCCUCUGUUAAAGCCUCGCUGCACAUUCAUUGGCCCAAAUUCAACAAAGACGGGAAAUGGCUUUUGUACCUGGUGAAGAUCACUGCUGCAGGACGGGAGGAUGUCCACUGCUCUCCUAAGUCUGAGAUCAACUCUCUCAAACACAUUCAGGAGUCCACUGUGUCCCGGACAAAACGGGAAAUUGAGAGAAGAGAAAGAAAAACUGUUGGAAAAACAUCUUCUCUGUCAAACAGAAAUAAAGUUUUGACGUGUGAGAAUGAGAUCAAAUGUGUGGUGCUUAAGUGCCCCCUGCAGGGCCUUGAUGGUACAACAAUUGAGCUGAGGUCUCGUCUGUGGAACUCAACCUUUAUUGAGGAUUAUGCCUCUGUUUCGACCCUGCACAUAAUUGUGAAGGCCACACUCGUGCUUAACGCUGCAGCUGAAAAUAUGAUCCUGACGACUCCUGACACCGAGGUUACAGUGGUAGUGUCCCCAGAAAGCACAGUAGCACAGUACGGAGGGGUUCCCUGGUGGAUCAUACUGGUGGCCGUUCUCGCAGGCAUCCUGAUUCUGGCUUUACUGGUGUAUCUGCUCUGGAAGUGUGGAUUCUUCAAACGCUCCAAACAAGACAGCAGCGUCCCUCGUUACCACGCCGUGCGGAUAAGAAAGGAAACCCCCGAGUAUAAAGAUGGAAAAGUCAAGCUGGAUCCUUUUGAAAAAAAGCAGUGGAUGACAACUUGGAUUGACAAUGAAAGUUACUCAUGACUCAUUUUUCUGCUCGAAUGAUUUUUACAGCUGGGGAUAACCUGUUUUUCUUAAGUAGUGUCGAAGCACAAAUACACUGAAUGUUGUUUGUUGUUCCUUUGCUGAAUGCGAUGCUCGAUGAUUUCACUGAAUUAGUUGGAUUCAUGUCUUUGAAUUGUUACACUGUGCAGAUGAUGACUUUUGUUUGUAAGUUUUUGUACAUAUUUAAAUACUUACGCACACUGUAUAUUUAUUUUUUGAUAAAAAAAAAAUCAUUCAGCCAAAGAGUUUUUCAGUCUUAUGUCUAAAAGGGCAAAGUUUACUACUGUUUUUAUGACAAUGUACUGUUUUAAAGUCUAUGCAAGGAAGGUACAGCUAGCUCAGUGUAUUAUGAAUGUAAUCAGUAUACAUUUUUAGUUGAUCUUUAUGCCUCUGGUUUCAGUACUUUGCAACAAAAGUGCUUCUGUCCUCUUUGGAAUGACUUUUAGGCAUUAUCAUGUCACAGCACAAAUGACCACAACUGACUUUAAACUCAAGUGGAGGUUGUUUUUCCACUUCUGUUUUGAUUUAUUCGUCACCUUUUCUCACUAAUGUGGCAUUCAGGUAGCACCCACUGUACUGUAGGUCAUCACUGAAGUAAGAAGAACUGUUUUUGUUCCAUGGGAGGAAAACAAAAAGGGAAGAAACGUAUGUUUCAUAGAUUUAAUUCAAAAUCAGUGUCUUACUUGUCAUGUGUAAUAAAAUGCUUAAGAAAUAA